UUGUGAGACCAGCUUUUCAUACGGAAGUUUGAUUUUUCUCAAGCUCCUGGAGUGAGUCUGUUUUUACAAUUAAAAUUAACUUCCGACAUUAAAUUGAGUUCAAUAAUAUUUAACCGGUCUUCAAACUGUAGUAAUUCAAUAUAAGAUUCCACGUACAAUUUCUAUUGUGAUAUAAAUCAAUGAAGAAUCAAUACCAGUCGGUACGUGAUGUUUAAAAUAAGUUUAUUAGUCUCCUUCACCUAUAUACGUAGUUAGAUUUUUAAUUGUGAACUAUAUCAGCGUCUAAUCCACUUGUUGUUCACGUUACAGAUCUAACAGUUGUCAAUUAUGACAUAUGGUUUCUAAUUUUUUUUUUUCUAUGAUACUUAAGUGCGUGGUCAGAGGUAACUAUUGCUUAAAUUACUACACAAUAUAGCGUUUUAACAUAUAGUGAGCAAGUGAAGUUUGUACGCAUGCACUUAAGUGUGCCGCAGAAAAUAAAUAUUUGAACGUUAUCUGAAAUCUGGGCGUAUAUAAUCUUCAGAGCUGGCAAGACCAUUAUCGCAACACUUUCAAUCGCUUAAAAAAAUUUGAGAGGUGCAAGAUUCCUGAGAAAUGUGUCAUGCGAAUGUCAAAUUUCAUAAAGCAUUAGAAGUAUACUAGAUGCUAAUUUAUUCAGUAGAUUUUUGGUAAAGAAUUCGCGUACUCAACGUAACUCGUGAUUUAAUUAAUAAAUUGUAAUCAGGUCGUUUAUGGUAAUAUUAAUGCGACAAGGUGUCUCUGCAGACUUUGGAUAUUGACAAGUGAAUAUCAAGAUGAGAAAUACUAAUUAGAAAAUAUUUAAGAAAAUGGAAAAGUCGAAUGAGUAUACUGUGAUGUACUUCGAAAAUAUUUAUAUCCUUUACACGUCGGUUCCUUCAGAGUAAGCAAGUCAGUUGCUAUGCAAUCUUCGCAACUAACGGAUCUGCUUAAACUCAACCUUCCAUCGAAUUGAACAGUGCCUAUUUAUACUUCAGUGUUUCUUGAUUUUUAAAUAAAUCUUACGACGUCAAGGAAUCAGAAUACUUGACUUUGUAUAUAAAAAUUAAUUUUAAUUAACCAUUAGUGAAGUUAUUGAUUAAGUUUUUCAAAAAUCUGACAGCUGCCUGAAUGUUUAACAACAAUUUACGAUAUCAACUUCUACGUUAUGGAAAUAAAAAAAUAUCUAAAAGAAUUGAUCCCCAUAGGUAUGUUUCUGUUCACGACUUAAAAUCAUAGGACUUCUCUACUGUGAAUUCCAAUGAAUAUUGAAAAUGUUAAAAAUUCUGUCCGUACAUGAUUUAAAAACUUUUACACGAAGGAUACCUCAGGCAAGGUUUAGCACUGCCAUACAUUUACAUGACGGGCUGUAUAUUUGUAUAAUGAAAUUAAUUUGUUUCACGGGAUUCCACGUGUAUCGUCAUACACCGAAUUAGAUACUGCGCUCUUAAAAGCUUUAUCGAUUCAGCUCCAUUCAUUUCCAAAGUAAAUUUCAGUUGAGAAUGAGCAUUGUUCUUCUUCCAGGAAAUACACCAACUCCAGAUAACCUGAAUAAAUACAAAAAAAAAUGUUUCAUAGAAUCCCCAAACUCAGAGUCUAUAGAUUUAUUAGUUUGGGUUCAUAAAACUCUGUAAGAUUCUAUAACUCGACUAUCAAUAUAAAAAAAUGAAUUCCGCACAAGCUGAAAACAUCCUGGCUACACUUUACUCAAGUUCUGCGGCCUUAUGUAUCAUCUCCAUAAUAUCCUUGGUGGUGCCAUGGCAACAUUGGGAUAGGACGUUCAACAGUUGCAUAAAUCUUGACUGCGGAUGUGUCCUUUACGGUAUAAACACAUUUGGAAGUUUUAUGGGCGGAGAUGGAAAGGUCUGCCACUUUGCUACUUAUGCCUUGGUACCAUCAUUACUGAUUGGUGUCUGCCUUGGUGCAUACCAUGGCUACAGAUCUUGCUUCACAAGAAGUAUGGAUGAGCCAAGAACGAUAUCACGUAGUCCCAGUUAUUACAACAGAAACAAUCUGGAAGGCGAAGUCGUGGUUAUUCGUCCCAAGCAAAGAUCACCUUGCAAACAAUGGAUGCCUGUAGCCUGUCUUGCAGCUUUGAUUUGCUGUCUGUCUCUUGCACAUGCUGUGGUCAUCACUGAUGGUUAUUACAAGACCUGCGAACAGUACAGGAGAUACUUGGUUAAUAAAUUACGUUCUGGAGUUCUGGAAACUCAGGCAAUUCACAAUCGUCUCUCCUGUGGUGCUAUUCUCGACUUUAUGGACUAUAUUCAUCCAGAUACCAACAACUGGAGACGUGGUGAUGAAAUAAAUACUGGUCUGGCACUGCAAUUCUCCAUUACAACUUCCUGGUUCAAUCUCUUCGUCUGGGUAGGCAUAUUCGUCAUCAGCACCAUAAUGGCAAGGCGGAGGAACAAGAGUCUCGGUGAAAAAUUAUGUUGCUGCUGCUGUUGACAAUCAGACACAUAAAAGAGAUUAAAUUUCGAAUAUAAUUAUCUUAAGAGACAUACGUACCUGCAUCAAGCAUAAUAAUAUUCUCUAUUUUUUUUCAAUAGUCGAAACGUACUACUCUGGUGUUGAUCGAAUCGAUAGGAACUGUUUUGUAAACAUGACAUGCUUCUUUUUUCAAUGAAUUAUUUUAAUAUCCAGCCGAGUUUUAUCUGCUUAUAUUAUAAUAGAGUUUAUUUUAGCUGUCUGUGUUUUAUACAUAGGGACAUUAAUGGUAUUUUUUUUAUGUACAUCGUGUUACCUAUUCACUCGAGGGAAAGUAUGUCGCAAAACUUAUUACAAUUAAGUAAUGCUCUCGAAAAAAAUAAAUUUAUGGAAAAUUCAGACAUUCCAAGUUGACGCGUCGCUUAAGUUCUUAUUUCGUUAUAUAUAUAAUACAUAUGUAUGUAUAUAUAAUAUAUAUAUUAUUUCAUCUCUAUAUGUAGCAAUAAUAAUAAUACAUAAUUAUUACUAAUCCUUACUACUUGCAAUGACUUUCGAAUUAAAUUAAUAACUAUGUAAACACGAUAACAACAAAAUACAAUUGUAACAACUGGUCUUUUAUACAUAAAUAGUGUAUGGACAUUAUCGGAAAACAGAAAUGUAAGAUCUAGAGUGUUCCUGUGAUAAA